AUGAGUUUAUUUUAAGCAAUGAGGCGGAGAGGACCGAGCGCAGGAGCUCCAAUCUGAGACAAGACUUUCAGACAGAGAUGGGAAAUUCAGAGAGCCAGUACAGCAUCCAGGGGCAAAAAGGCGCCAGCAUCGUCUUUCCUGGGAAACAGAAGCCAUAUUCACUGAAACUCCGCUCAGCCAAAGAUGACGCCCUGUCACCACAUACAUGGUGGAAAAGUGCCCCAGUGGGCUCAGGGUACAAGGCCAGGUGUGUUGGCCGUGGUUGUUUGUCCCCUCCUAAAAGCCGACAGCCAUACUCCACUCGGCACUAUGACUAUGUCUCCAAGGGAGCGAGAAGCAGUCCGAGUGAGCAUCGCUGGCAUCGCUCGCCUGGAUGUGGCAUACGAAAGCGUCACAUGUCAGAUGAGUAUGAAGAUAAUCCGUACGGGGCUGAGCUCGGUGGAAAUACCCAGGAUAGACACAGUGAGGAACAUGAGGUUCUAGAGGAGCAGAGCAGCCCGCGGGUGGUGAUCAAGAAGGACGGUAGUCUCAGAGUGGAGUUCACAAACACUUCAGGAAAUCCUCUCCUCCUGAACGAGGCCACUGGCCCCGUACAACUGCUCAAGUUCUCCCCCAACCUUGAGUCUGCCUCCACUCCCAGUCUGCCUGGUUCCAGUGGUAGUGGGCUGGAUGGCCCCUGCAGUGGUCCUCCGCCGGCUUCUACCUCCUCCACAGCCAGGACCAGCAAGGGAAGCUCGCUGAGCUCUGAUGGUUCAUGGUAUGACUCCCCCUGGGGGCCAAGCACAGAGCUGGGUGAGCAGGAACAAUCCUGCUCUGCAAGCAGGACUCUAGUUCACUCGCCAAUCCACCAGCUUGACUCAUUUACUGAGCAAUGCCCCCCUGUGUCUAUCACAGACCUCUACAGGGAGCCAUCAAUAGCUGCUACCUUCCCCACAGCCAGAGACCUGUCCUCCCAGUUACAGAAUCUUCCAGCAGGCCAGAGGGGACACCGAGCCUCCUUCGCAUCCGUCCUCGAUGCUCCCUUGGAGGAAGAAUGCCCCGAUGUCCGGCAGUACUCAUCAUACACCCUGCCCUGUCGCAGGCCAAAAGCACACACCAUGAGUGAGGAGUUGGACCGUUACCCUGACCAGGAACAGCACCAGGAGCAAGGUGUGCCAGAUUUUGGCGCCCCCAAGAAAGACUCCAUCAGAAACCGCAUCAGACGCCUCAGUGACUGGACAGGCAGCCUCAGCCGCAAGAAGAGGAAGUCUCAGGAAUCUCGAUGCAAGGACUUGAGUGAUGCCUUUGACAGUGGAAUCGACGGCCUGACUGCAGACACCAGCUCCCCCUCCCAGGUCUCCAGCCUCCUCGGGUUCCCAGGAACGUCAAGGGCCCAAUCUUCAGGGGCCAUCCCCCAAACAACCAGCGAUGCCCUGCGCCAGAAUAUUUAUGAGAACUUCAUGAGGGAGCUGGACAUGGGCACAGGGCAGGGUGGAGGGGGAGGAGGGGAGAGAAGAGACCCGUCCACUGGCACCGAAGAGGGGGAGAGCAGCAGUGAGUCAGCAGAGGGCUCUCUGGAGGAGCUGGACCUGCUGUUUGAGAAGGAGCAGGGGGUGGUCAGGCGGGCCGGCUGGCUCUCUUUUAAACCCCUUAUCACGCUGCACAAGGACAGGAAGCUUGAGCUGGUGACCCGCCGCAAGUGGAAGCAGUACUGGGUGACCGUGAAAGGUUGUACGUUGCUGUUCUACGAGACCUAUGGUAAAGGUUCUCCGGAGCAGGAGCUGUCGCCUCGCUAUGCUCUCUUGGCCGAGGACAGCAUCGUCCAGGCCGUUCCUGAACAUCCAAAGAGGGAGAAUGUCUUCUGCCUUAGCAACUCAUACGGAGAUGUAUACCUCUUUCAGGCCAGCAACCAGACCGACCUGGAGAACUGGGUGACGGCCAUUCACUCUGCCAGUGCCUCACUGCUGGCCAAGCGUCAGGGGAAGGAGGACACGGUGCGUCUGCUGCGCAGCCAGGUCCGAGGGCUGCUGCAAAAGAUCGACAUGGACGGAAAGAUGAAGAAGAUGGCCGAGCUGCAGCUGACUGUGGUCAACAACCCAAAGAACCGCAAAGCUAUUGAGAACCAGAUCCAGCAGUGGGAGCAGAAUCUCGAGCGGUUCAACAUGGAUCUCUUCAGGAUGCGCUGUUACCUUGCCAGUCUUCAGGGCGGGGAGCUGCCCAACCCAAAGAGCCUGCUAGCCAUCGCCAGCCGCCCUACCAAAACCACCCUGGGGCGCCUGGGGAUCUUCUCGGUCUCUUCCUUCCACGCACUGAUCUGUUCCCGAGAUGAGGCCACUCUGAGGAGGCGCUCGCUGUCCCUGACUUACAGACAACACAAGAGAGGUCUUUUCUCUUCGCUGAAAGGUCUCGACAACCUCACGAAGAGAGGCCGGGACAAGAGGCCCUCUGUAUCACAGAUCUUUGAGGGCGACGCUGGAGGUCAAACUUACGCACUGCCUCCCAGGAGCACCGAGAGGCUGGAUGUGCUGACCAGCAUUUACUCCAUGUCGCCCCCUGAGGUCGGUGCGUGGGACAUUAUCAGCGGUGGCACAGACGAGCUGACUGGCGUCUACAUGCCAGACGGCCUGACAGUGCAGGUUCCCGUCCGGAGAGACCAGACGGCCGCCGACCUGCUCUCUGCGGCCUGCAAGGUGAAACAGCUGGAGCCGGCUCUGCACUGCCUCCGACUGCACCGGCGAGCGGGGCAGGACGUGGAGGUUCGAUGUGUGGCGUCCGGAGAGCUCGUCAGUGACAUGGUCAAUGAUCAGCUGGAGGUUUUCGCAGUUAAUGUGUUUACACUGCACAUGAGCAGGCCGAGCAGCACCGGAGACUUUGGUUUCGCAGUAACAGGACACAUAGACGCCCAAAAGAACAGUCGCAUCUUUGUCAGCGAGGUGCUUCCUGAUGGACUGGCCUUCAACGAAGGUUUGCGUCCAGGCGACGAGAUCUUGAUGCUGAACCGUCGGUGUGUGUCGGGUCUGGACCUGGCGUUGAUCCAGACGCUGUUUGCCGAACAAACUCUGCACCUGAGCCUGAGGCGGAAUGGGCCGCUGCCGCCAGCUGUGGCCUGCGCACAUUCAGCCCCUCCCACCAACAUUGACCAGGAAGCUCGCGGCAAGCACCACCGAGCCAAGUCCUCCUCAGAUGUGUGCAGUGCAGCUGACGGUGUUGCAUCCCUGUGCGUAGGACUGGAGAAUGGUCACUCCCACUGCGCACACAGGCCUGUUCAGCACAGCAAGAGCGUGGACACUGUGAACACUCUCUACCAGUCUUUUCAGGAAGGCUCAGGUGCUGGAGGACUGAUGGAGGCCGCCAAGGAGCCUCGGGUUAGGCAGGGAGGCGAGCCGGGGUCGGGUCCCAUGCGGGAGGCCACUCUGGUCAGACCUUGCCCCAAGCACAUGAGUGCCACUGAGAGGUUACGAAAGGUCAUCCAGGAGCUGGUGGACACAGAGAAGUCCUACGUGAAGGACCUGGCCUGUUUGUUUGAGAUCUACUUAAAACCCCUGCACAACGAGAGCUUCCUCACACUGGACGAGAUGGACAGUAUGUUCGGCAGCCUGCCCGAGAUGUUGGACUUCCAGAGGGUCUUCCUGCAGACGCUGGAGGAGCGGAUCGCCUCCUCGCCCGACUUCAAUACCCUGGAGACGCCCUCACAGUUUAAGAAGUUGCUGUUUUCUCUCGGGGGUUCGUUCCUCUACUACGCCGACCACUUCAAGCUCUACAGCGGCUUCUGUGCCAACCACAUCAAGGUCCAGAAGGUCCUGGCGAGAGCUAAGACAGAUCAGGCCUUCAAGGAGUUCCUGGAUGCGAGGAACCCCACCAAGCAGCACUCAUCCACCCUGGAGUCCUACCUGAUUAAACCGGUGCAGAGGGUGCUCAAGUACCCCCUGCUGCUCAGGGAGCUGGUCUCCCUCACCGACGCUGAGAGCGAGGAGCACUACCACCUCAACGAGGCCCUGAAAGCCAUGGAGAAGGUGGCCAGCCACAUCAACGAGAUGCAGAAGAUCUACGAGGAUUACGGCUCCGUGUUCGAUCAGCUCGUUGCUGAGCACACCGGCCACGAUAAGGAGGUCACCGAGAUCUCGAUGGGCGAGUUUCUCAUGCAUUCCUCGGUGGUGUGGCUCAACCCGCAUCCGUCGCUGGGUCGCAUGAGAAAAGACCCCGAAAUGACCGUGUUUGUGUUCAAGAAAGCGGUGAUAUUGGUCUACAGGGAGAACAACAAGCUGAAAAAGAAGAUGGCCAACUCUCGUUCAGCACUUUCUCACGGAGAUUCAGACCCUUUUAAGUUCCGCUGGCUCAUCCCGCUCUCGGCGCUGCAAGUCAGAUUGGGAAAUACUGCAGGAACAGGCACAGAGAGCAGCUGCAUCUGGGAGCUGGUUCACUCCAAGUCUGAAGUGAAGGGCCGACCAGAGACCAUGUUCCAGCUGUGCAGCAGCGUGCCGGAGAGCAAGGUCAGCAUCAUCAAGGUGAUCCGCUCCAUCCUCAGGGAGAACGUGAGGAGGAGCAUGAAGAGGGAGGGGACGCCGGAGAGGAGCUGCAAGGAUCGUCUGGCCCCUCUGCGCGGCACCGUGCCAUCCUACUCCAGGAUAGGUUCUUCCAGAGCUUCCUGGUUGUGUAAGCAGCCACUUGGAGAUCUCUCCACCCAGCCAGGAAACCUGAAGCUGGGGCCAGACUCCGACGAGGGAAGCCUCAGCAGCGGAACCUGCAGUUUAUCUGGGCCUUCUCCACCCUGCACCACCUCUGACUCACAUAUCCUCCCCGCCCAGCCAAACAGUUCUCAGACACUCGCAUCCAAAUCCCAAGCCCGCUCCACCUCCGUCAAAGAGUCGGAUAUUUUGAGUGACGAGGAUGACGACGGCUACAGCGAGGGGGCGACGAGGAUCGACAGCGGAGACGGCAGCUCCCCAAUGAGCAGCAUCGAGGCCCAGUUCCUCCAGCUUGACCUCUCGGAGGACGCAAUGUCAAACUGUGCGCUAGCGCCCUGUGUUCAACCCGAGGGCAUGGGGGACACUCCGGAGACCCAACCCAAAAUGGUGCGAGGACACUUCAGUCCCGUAAAGAGGAAACCCAACAGCUGCAGGAGGAGUCCGGCUGCACUGCUGAACAUGAAGGAGCACAGCAGGUCACUGGACGACCACACGGAUGCAGCGUCGUCGCCAGGGAUGGUGGAACUCAACGCGCUGCUGGAGCGGGAGUUUAGCGUCCAGAGCCUGACGUCUGUCGUCAAUGAAGACUGUUUCUACGACCCGGCGGAGAGCUGUACCACUGACUCUGGAAAUGCCAUCUCCCCAUAGAGAGCGUUACUUACGAGACUAUGCUGUUCCCAAGCCACAUGUCCGUGGCCCAACGGUCCGAGUGGCUGACUCGAGGCCGUACACUGCAGCAGGGGAACCUUCUGUAAUUCAUCGCUUGCUCUAUGAGGCCGGAUGUGAAGCUGUGCCUCAGCUUCAGAAGUCGGUUUAUAACACACUCCCACUGCCUGCUGAAGGAACUGUUUUCUAACCGAAGCUGUCACAGAGAGGUGAAACUAGGUGAUUUCUUUCCCAAUGAUGAUGACCGCACACACUGACGCGUACCCACGGCCUCCUCGGCUCUCUGGUCCUCGCUGCCUCACCUCAAACCGUCUGUGGGAUGCACUCAGUCCAAGUUUGCCGUGCAGCUCAUGCCGAAGAAUCUGGGAAAACGUCCUUGGUCCCUCGGUCCCAAAAGCUGAAAGACGGGUCCACAAAAGUGCAGAUAUCUCUUCAGGAUCGCAUCACGCUCUGGGACAGUUCUGGCACAUUCAGGACUGAUGAAGUAUUUAGUUUUCACAGAACCAAAGACUGUAGGUCCACACCAACUCCAAAUAAUAUCUGUAAAAAAAAUCUAAACGAAUGGAGACACUGAGCGACAGAGCUCGAGUCCCAGAUAAGGAGGGACAUUGAGUUAAAUGAAGAGGAAGACAAAGCCUUUUUUUGCGGUACACUGUUUGCCUAUAUAAUUGAACAAAUUUUUAUUUGUACAGGUUUUUAAUGUUAUGAGUGCUGUUAUUUUUUAUUUAUUAAUAGGUUUGAUUAUGUAUAUCUUAGCAGGUUUUGGGUGAAGGCUUGAACGGUAAAGAUUUGGUCGACUCUUACAAAUAAAAACAGGUUGGCUUUUAUACACUUCAUUUUAAAUGUAGCCUGCUGGAGAAUGUCAUCUCCAGUGAAUGCAUUUGAAUGUUACGGACGUUUUGAGACAUGGCUGCUUCAUUGAUGAAUGAUUUGAACUGCAAAUACUGUGUAGAACCCAACGUUUCUUUUUCAUGUUCAUGUCCUGUAUAUAUAUAUCCUCUUUUUUUAUCCUCGACACAUUUGACGUAUUCUCUCAUCCAAACUUGACACUGUACAGACGGGGAGUAAAGGCAGGAACUUGCAAUAAAAGCAGCUGAUAUUGUUUGGAAAUCAUCCCAUUAAAACAACAGUGCUCCUUACUUUCUCAGCUGCCAUGCCUUUAAUGCUAGGAUACCAAUGAAUGUGAAUGCCCCCCCCUCGAUUCCAUUUUCUUAUGGAAUUGUUUUUUAAAUAAAAAUGGUAUCUGUGAA